CCUUUCGUUUUCCGUCGGAUUUUGAAGACAAGUGAAAUGAAAGAGUAAUAUUUGGUGUAAACACCCGCAUACAGAUAUCCACCUGUGUGCAAGAAGAGCAUUUGUGACUGAGGGAGCUGUCCUCUCCUCAGGUCCGUCAGAAUAAUGAUGGCGGUUAAACACACACUACAGAGAGAUGUCUUUCUCCCCUGUGAUGAGAGGCUCAUCGGCCUUGCCCAUGUGACUAAAGCUGGAAGGAAGAAAAAGAGUAGUUUUUUGUGUGUGGCAGUGAGCAAAGAGAAGCCUGUGCAGGCUCAAGUUUACCAAGUGAAGAAAGCUGACAAGGGAGAGUUGUACAAGAAGAAGGCCUCAUGGACGCUACGCAGCUUAAAGACUGUAGACGGUAGAGAUCUUGAAAAGGAAACAGCGGAAUUUGAUCUUCAUUUUGAGAAAAUCUAUAAGUGGGUAGCCAGCAGCAUACCUGAUAAGGAAAACUUCAUCGCAUGUUUAUGGAAGUUAAGCCAGAGGUAUUUAAUCCACAAACCAGAGUUUGUCAAUGUGCCUGAGCAUUUAUUACAAGAAAUCAGCCAUGUGUCAGACCAGAGUCAGGCGGCCCAGCAUGAGGAUGAAGUUGUGGAAGAUGACUACCAGGCUCUGUCUAGUAAGGAGGAGAGCGAUCUUGAACUUCUGAUGAGAGAUUGUCAUGCCGCUAUCGGAAAUGCUGAGGCGUUUUCGGAACAACUCUCAAAGCAGCUGUCUGUCCUGGAUGGUGCUAAUAUUCACUCCAUCAUGGGCUCAGAAGACCAAGUGCUGAGCCUGAUGAGGCUUCUAGAUGAAGGUAUACAGGAGGCUACAAAGAUUGAGGAGAAGCUGGAUGCCUAUGACUCAGUGUUACAGAAUGUCAAAGACCAGAUGGAAGUGAUAAAGGAGAAGGACAUGCUGAUCAAAAUCAGGAAUGAGAAUCAUCAGUCUCUGCUGGAGGAACUGGACAAGCUUGUGAAAUCAUUUGAUUUGGAAGACAAAUUUGUCAAGGCCUUGAUUGAUGGUGACUUAUCAACACCUAAUGGAAUCUACGACUGCUCAGUGGCAGCAGAGGCCUUACAGAAGUGUGUCCAGGCUGACACUCACACAGGUUAUGGGAAAAUGGCUGCUGUGGUGGAGCAGCAGAAGAAGUUCACGAAUUACACCAACUGUUUUGCAAGGCGAUUGGCUAGACACCUGAAUAAUGCAUUUAUCUCGCAGGGCAAUGGUCUGAUCCAAAGUGAGACUCUGAACCGUAACCCUACAGACUUCAGAUUGUCCCCACACCAUUCUAGUCACAGGGACCUCACCCCAUAUGCAGAUCUCAUGUCCUGGCUAAAGAAUGCUGACCCUGAGAGCUUUGAGAAGCUGGCAGGGGUGUACACUCAGAACCUGAGCAAGCUGUAUGAGAAAGACAUAGCAGAAUUUUUUGAGUGUGCUAAACAGAGACUUCUGUCCAAACCUGAACGUGGGAAACUAAGUGCUGGGCCAACCUCAUCUAAACUAGGCGGCAGUUCAUCCAGCCUUGCACGAGCUGGUGAGGGUAGGGGGCGCUCUUCCUCAAUACAAAGCAUUGACUCUGUCUCCACAUCGUACCACGGCUCUGACCAAGACCUUGCUCAGAGACAGCUGUUUGACCAGACCCUGGAGAAGGUGUUGAGUGAGCUAGAACCUGUGUGUUUGGCUGAGCAGGAUUUCUGUGUCCGAUUCUUCCAUCUGACAGAGACUGGCAAGGACAAAGGGAAGGAAGAAACUGUGGAAGAAGAAGGGGACAUAUGGAUGCCCAGAAGGACCACAAAUAUGACAGAGGAGUAUUUUGUGGAAAAUCUGGGGGAGGGCCUGUUUCAGAGAAGACCAUCCCAUUUUAUACGCACGCUAAAUGCAGAAGCUGGUAAGAUGAUGGCUGAGCUGUUCCCUAAGCUGGAGAAAGAGCUGGAAAAUUUCAUUAAUUUUGCAGACAAGCUGGAUGGUUUCCAUUCCAUGUACAUGCUGGUCAGGAUCGGUUAUCAUGCAACAACUGCUCACGACAGUGGCUCCUUCUUACGCACCAUGUUUGCCAAUUGUCUCCUGAAGACAAAGUGGAUAUUUGACAGAUUUGUGGAAACUCAAAUACAGAACAUACAAGAGAGCAAAGUGUCCAAGAAAACAAGAUGCGGCAUCAUUAGCUUCGUUCACAACUUUGAGCAAUUUGCUAACCAAGCAGAAAACAUAUUCCGCGGAUCAAACAGACGCUCUAACCUAGAAAAGGCCUACACGGAACUUGUACGAACCAUUUUUGACCAGAUUGUUAGAGUGGCAAACGAGCACCCCAAAACACCACGUGAAGUUGUCAUGUUAGAAAAUUUUCAUCAUAUGUUUGCGGUUUUGUCCCAGUUAAAGAUCUCCUGUUUGGAUGGCGAAAGAAAGGAGGCAAAGCAAAUCUAUCAGGACAAUCUUCAUGCAUACACUACAGCUUAUCUGGGGCGUCCCUUGGAAAAGUUACAUACUUUUUUUGAGGGCAUUCAAAGUCGAGUUGCUUCAGGGGUGAAAGAAGAGGAAGUGGGCUAUGCUCUGGCGUUUAGCAAACAGGAACUGAGAAAAGUUAUCAAGGAAUACCCAGGGAAAGAGGUGAAAAAAGGACUUGAACACCUUUACAAGAAAGUGGAAAAGCAUUUGUGUGAGGAGGAAAAUCUGUUGCAGGUUGUGUGGGUGACCAUGCAGGAUGAGUUUAUCAAACAGUACAAACAGUUUGAUCAGCUGAUUAACAAAUGUUACCCUGAUUCAAAGAUAACCCUGGAGUUUACCAUCACUGACAUUCUGCAGUACUUCUCAGACAUUGCCCAGUCUCACUGAGAACAUGGCCUAUCUAUCACCUUGUCUUCACUUUGUUCACCCCAAGUGUCCAGAUUUCAAGAUAACCCUGGAGUUUACCAUCACUGACAUUCUGCAGUACUUCUCAGACAUUGCCCAGUCUCACUGAGAAUGUUUCAGUGGCCACCCAGUCUAGCUGUCAGCUUGUAUGCAAAUGCAACAGAAACAGUACAUGUAUAAAUUUGAGGAAUUAUGUAUAAGUUUUUUUAGUAUGUUCUGAAUACAUUAUAUUAUUGUAUAUUUUUUUACACAAUCUGUCAAGUAGAGACACUCUCUUGUUAGAGCAAAGUGUAGAAAUAACAAUACAGCAUUCACGUUGAUAGAAGACAUGUACCGUCACUUUUUUAGCCAAUAUACACGUAAUUGUAGCUGGAAUAUUUAGUUUCUUCUUUUUCGCAUGGUUAGUUCAUUUUACGAACAACAUGUUUAUAUCUUUACUUUUCACGAAUGCUGGGAGAGAAAUGUUGAAUGGGUUCUGACAUUGGUAUUAAAAGGCAUUUUGAACCCUGGAGUGGUUGUUAACGUGCUAAUGCAGAACAAUGAACCAGGAGCCUCCCAGCGGUCGCUGUGAGUUCAAACCCAGCUCAAACUGGCUUCCUUUCCACUCAUGCCUGGCAAAGUCAACCUGCGGAUGGUCGUGGGUUUCCUGGGGGCUCUGCCCAGUUUCCUCUCACCUUAAUACUGGCGGCUGUCAUAAAAUAUCCUUGAGUACAGUGUAAAACAGCAUUCGAAUAAAUAAAUAUAUCGAUGUAUUUUCAGCCAUUUUGUCCUUGUGUGGAUCUUAACAUUCAUAAAAAAUCACGGAGCUUGGUAAACAUAAAAUCAUUGUGAAGUGCAGGGGUGAAGAUAGUUUGACCUUUGUCAUGGUGUUACAAUGCUGACCUAGGUACUCCAUGACUAAUCAUGCACCUUGGCAAACUUUCAGAUGUCUGCACUACCUGUUUGAACAGCUUUGUAACAUUUUGUCCAAAAGUGCUUUGAAUGUAAAUGUUAUCAGGUCAUGUUUAUAUGUGGUGUAUUGUAUUAUUGUGAAAUAUGUACAGUAACAUUUCAUCUAAAGGACAUGAAUAAAGAAAUGACUGUUGUAAAGAA